GGGUAGGAAGGUACGCCGAUCGACAUGUUCAAAACUUUACUUUUGAGAAACUGUAUUCAGCACAAUUUUUUACACGAGAAGGCGCUGUACAUGUAUGGAAUCGUCGAUUACCUGGUGCAAACGUUAAUUGGCAGCGUGCAGGCUGAUAUAUACGAGACCAGUUGCCACGGUAUCGGUAUGAUGACUCUAUACAAUCAAGCCGCGAAGGAGAUAACUGCCAGCAACUGCGUGAAAAACGUUCUGGACGUUCUGAGGAAUGAGAACGCGACGUGGUCGGCCAGGCAAGCAGCCCUGUUCGCGUUGAAUCAACUGCUGAAGUGCGACGUGAAAAACUGCCAAGAGUUUCUGGAUAUUCAGGGACAGAAUCAUCUGUUGUGGCUGUUGAGGCGAUCGGAAAAGGUGCCUGCUGAGAUGUUAGUCGGCGCCGUUGAGUGCAUCGUUACGAUCGCGAGGAAUCAAGCUUUCAAGCACACUGUCAUCACCACGGAUAUAAUCGACGCCCUCUGCGCAUCUUUCGAAGUAUAUCUUAACGAGAUUCCUUUGUUAAUCGAGUACAUUCUUAUUUUAAAUCUGGGGCUAAUUCGAUGGCCAGUUGAGUUGCAUAUCGAUGAGCGACUUCAAAAUAGCCAGCUGUAAUGCUCUUUCGGUGAUCUGCGUGGAU